UGCAUGGAGCUUUAGGUCAUCGACUGUAAAAGAAAACUCUGAUUUACUCGAUGAUGAAUUUCGCAGACUUAUGCAAAACCUUUAUUAUCCUAAAUAUUGUUUUCAACUCGCAAGUUUAAACAAGGACAAAGGAAUCAUUGAGGAAUUGGAUGUUCUUUAUAUGAUUGAUAAUAUAUUUUCUGCUGGAACCGAUGCAGUAUCUGCAAGUUUAACAUGGAUCGUGGCUGCUUUAGCUAAUAAUCCAGAA